GCGCGGCCAGGCCACCGGCCAGCCUCUCCGCCUCUCUCCCCUUCUCUUCUCUCUCCUUUUCCUCCAUUUUUCCGUUCAAACUCUCCGCUCACUCCCGGCUCGCCGCUCGAGGCCCGCUCCACGCGGACAGGAGCGCGAGGAGGCGGACCGACCACCGGAUUAGCAACUUUUCAGCGACGGGCUGUCCCGGAGCUGCCGUGAUUCACCGCCCCAGCAGCCAGCGGCGGGCCUCAACUUUCCCCAGCCUGGGCUCACCGGACGGUGACGUCAGCCCGGAGAAAAGUUGAGCUCGAGGCGCCGGUGCUGCCGUUAUUCCUUGGAGCAGCUCCGGUUAGUGUACGCUGGAACUUUUCUGUGAGGCAGCAGCGCCCCCACCCAAAUCCCUCCACCCCCACCCUCUCUGCCCGGCUGUCCCGGUACCGACAGGCCCGCACCGGGACCGGAACCAAGAGAGGCUGCUGCCCCGCGUGCCUUUGUUUGUUUAUUUGUUUGAUUUUGUUUACUGAAGGCGGACAUGGAGAGAGAGUGAGCGGAGCAUCGUGUGGCUUCCACGAGACUCACGGUUUCCUCCGGUCCUGUACAGGUGGUGGGCGGAGCUGAAAAAUGGCAGGUGCAUCAGUGAAGGUGGCGGUGCGAGUCCGCCCGUUCAACUCCAGAGAGAUAGGACGCAACGCCAAGUGUGUGAUCCAGAUGCAGGGAAACACCACCUGCAUCUCCAAUCCCAAACAGCCCAAAGAUGGAGCCAAGAACUUCACCUUUGACUACUCUUACUGGUCACACACAACGCCCGAUGACCCCGGCUUCACCUCUCAGACACAGGUGUAUAAAGACAUCGGAGAGGAGAUGCUGCUGCACGCCUUCGAAGGAUACAAUGUGUGUAUUUUUGCGUAUGGACAGACGGGUGCAGGGAAGAGCUACACUAUGAUGGGCAAACAGGAGCCUGGUCAGGAAGGGAUCAUACCACAGCUGUGUGAGGACUUGUUUCAGAGAACAGGAGAAAACACAGAUCCUGACCUGAAGUAUUCUGUAGAGGUGUCCUACAUGGAGAUCUACUGUGAGCGGGUUCGGGACCUGUUGAACCCAAAGUCCCAGGGCACCCUUCGGGUCCGGGAGCAUCCCAUCCUGGGGCCCUAUGUGGAGGAUCUGUCCAAACUGGCUGUUACUGGAUUCACGGACAUCCGGGACUUGAUGGACGCCGGCAACAAAGCUCGGACGGUCGCAGCUACAAACAUGAAUGAGACGUCGUCCAGGUCCCACGCCGUCUUCACCAUCGUCUUCACCCAAAAACGACGAGAUCAGAUGACAAGCCUGGACACUGAGAAAGUCAGUAAGAUCAGUCUGGUCGACUUGGCUGGAAGUGAACGAGCAGACUCCUCUGGGGCAAAGGGCAUGCGGCUCAAGGAAGGAGCAAACAUCAACAAAUCUCUGACCACAUUAGGAAAAGUGAUUUCAGCUUUGGCUGAAAUGCAGAGCAGUAAAAAGAGGAAAAGUGAUUUUAUUCCCUACAGAGACUCUGUUCUCACCUGGCUACUGAAGGAAAACCUGGGAGGAAACUCUCGCACAGCAAUGAUUGCUGCGCUAAGUCCUGCUGACAUCAACUACGAAGAAACACUGAGCACUCUGAGGUAUGCUGACCGUGCCAAACAGAUUCGCUGUAACGCUGUGAUCAAUGAAGAUCCAAACGCCAAACUGAUCCGAGAGCUGAAGGCUGAAGUGGAGCGACUGAGAAAUCUGCUGUUUUCUCAGGGCCUGCAGGAGCUGCUGGACAACGCUGUCAUCAACAACAACAACAACAUCAACAACGGCCCCGGUGGUGUCGCAGGUGCGUCCCCCUCCCCUCUCCAGCUGGCUCUCACAUCCAAUGGGAUCACGCCUGAGAAUGGCUCCGCCCCUCCAGGCGCUGAGCCGGUAUCUGAAGGGGACGCACCUGCUGACCCUGAUCAGCUGAUCGAGGAUGGAGAGGAAAGGGAGGAAGGAGAGUCCACAGAGAACAUCAGCAAAGAGGAAGCAGCUGAGAGACUGAUGGAAACAGAGAAAAUCAUCGCUGAGCUGAACGAGACAUGGGAGGAGAAACUGAGAAAAACAGAAUCUAUUCGUCUGGAGAGAGAGUCCCUGCUGGCAGAGAUGGGCGUGUCCAUAAAGGAAGAUGGAGGAACGCUGGGCGUCUUCUCUCCUAAAGGAACGCCUCACCUGGUCAACCUGAAUGAAGACCCUCUGAUGUCUGAGUGCCUCCUCUAUUACAUCAAGGAGGGAGUGACCAGGGUCGGGCAGCAGGACGUGGACAUUAAACUGUCGGGUCAGUUCAUAAAGGAGAUUCACUGCGUUUUUGUCAGUGAGACCAACGAGCAGGGAGAAGUGGUGGUCACUCUGGAGCCGUUAGUCGGAGCAGAGACCUACGUUAAUGGGAAGCAGAUCACAGACGCCGUCAUAUUAAAACAAGGUAACCGCAUCGUCAUGGGGAAGAACCACGUGUUUCGAUUCAACCACCCGGAACAGGCGAGGCUGGAGAGGGAGCGCAGCGCCACGAUGGAGCAGCAGGGGGAGCCGGAGGACUGGAACUACGCCCAGAAAGAGCUGCUGGAGAAACAAGGCAUCGACAUCAAGCUGGAGAUGGAGAAGAGACUGCAGGACGUGGAGACUCAGUACCGUAAAGAGAAGGAGGAGGCUGACUUGCUGCUGGAGCAACACAGACUGUACGCAGACAGCGACAGCGGGGACGACUCGGACAAACGAUCCUGUGAGGAAAGCUGGAGGCUCAUCUCCUCCCUGAGAGAGAAGCUGCCGGCCAACAAGGUGCAGUCCAUAGUGAAGCGCUGCGGUCUGCCCAGCAGCGGUAAGAGGAGGGAGCCUCUGCGAGUCUAUCAGAUCCCUCAGAGGAGGAGGAUCAGCAAAGACCCCAAACGGGUGACCAUGGAGGACCUCCGCAUGCAGGCCGUCAAAGAGAUCUGCUACGAGGUGGCUCUGGGAGACUUCCGUCACUCCCGUCAGGAGAUCGAGGCGCUCUCCAUUGUGAAAAUGAAGGAGCUGUGCCGCAUGUACGCCAAGAAGGACACCAAUGAGAGGGAGAGCUGGAGGGCCGUGGCCCAGGACGUCUGCGACACUGUGGGCAUCGGAGAGGAGAGGAGCCCCCCUGCUGAAGAGGGAGGAGGAGGAGGUGGUGGUGGAGGAGGAGGAGGAGGAAGUGGUGGUAGUGGAGGAGGAGAGACAGUGGAAGGUGGAGAGAAGGGAGGCGUGUACGACUUGAAGGCUCACAUCGAUAAGCUGACGGAUAUUUUGGAGGAGGUGAAGCUGCAGAACAACAUGAAGGACGAGGAGAUCAAAGCUCUGAGAGACAGAAUGAUCAAGAUGGAGAGCAUCAUACCUGUUCAGGACGACGACAUAAAUGGCGAAGGAGGAGAAUCCCCUCAGAGAGAGAGAGACGGGGACGUGGACGAAGACGACGACUGCCCCAGCCACCCAGAGGUCAGAGUUCAGCGGCUGAUGGAGGAGGACCCGGCGUUCAGGAGAGGACGGCUCCGCUGGAUGAAAAAGGAGCAGCAGCGGCUCCUGAACCUGCAGCAGCAGAACAUCACCAAGAAGCUGCGAGGACAGAACCAAAGCCAAGGUCAGAACACCCCCACUGUCCCCAUCCACCUCCCGGGAACUGGCCGCUUCAUCCCUCCCCAGGAGUGCAAGCUCAAGUUCCCCUUUAAGAGUAACCCUGCCCACCGGCUGUCCUGGGGACCCGCUAGCGCUGCCCUGCAAGCUCUGGGUCUGGGCGAGGGAGGAGGAGGAAGUGAUGGUGGUGAGCAGGAGAACGGGGGAGGAGAAGCUAAAGGUUCUCCUUCACCUCCGCCUCCCCCACAAGGUCAACUCCCUGGUCUCUUGCCCCUCCCCUUCCCAGCUCAGCCUCCUCGCAUGCGCACCCCCAGCCCUCAUCGUGCCUGGCAGCAGCGUAACCAGGGCAACCAGGGUGGCUACCACUACAACAACCAGGGCAACAACCAAAACCAGCAACGUCGUUACCGCCGCAACUCCCUGGACAGCUCGCCACAGGGCAACGGGAGCUACGACAAUGACCAGCACUUCAGUGGCGGUGGCAACGGUGGUCACCAGGGGCGACCAAGACAGAGGAGGGGGUUUUCCCCUGGGCCAGGGGGGGAGAGAGGAGGAGGAGGCAGAGGAGGAGGAAGCAGAGACAGGGACAGAGACAGAGACAGAGACGGAGGCUUCCAUUAUAAUCAACGCCAGCACCACCAGUACCACCACCACCAUCCCUACUACAACCCCCACAAUGCACCAUUCCAGCCUGGACCUCACCCUCACCCCCAUUACCACAGCCUGCCGCGGUCAGGGGCUCCGGCCCUUCCUGCUGACAUGCUACUGGGCAUUGUGCCGCCGCCAGGGGUGUGGGCUUUCAACACUCCGCCCAGGAUGAGGCGGCAGUUCAGCGCACCGGACCUCAAAAACAACAACAACAAUAACAACAAGGAGACACCGAUCUGACCUCUGACCUCCUGAACACGGAGGCUCCUGAUUAACUGCGGGACAUGGGGUGAUCCUGAUGCUGUAGAGAAUUGGCUGAGAGUGUGAUUGUGUGUGCACGUGUGUGCGUACGUGUGUGCAUUUGAGCACUUUUUACACCCUGUAUCCUCUGUCCUGCUGCGCGUGUUUGAAGCUUUUAGGUUAGCACAGGUGAGCUGUUAGCGAUGCUGACGUGCAAAAAGUGAAUUUGAAUUUGUUUUAUUUUAUUUUAUGGAGUUUGUCAUUCUGUCAGACUUUGAUCACGUAAUGAUUUAGCUCUUUUUUAAAUUUCACCGAUGGCUGAUGUUCGGGCGUUGAUCAUUGUGUUAACGAGGUGCCUUAAAGCCGACAUGUCUGCUGGUGAAGCUAAUUUUGUUUUUAAAGAUAAAGGACGUCAGUUAGCAGGGUGGUGUUUCUGUAUUAGAUGAGGUUUUUUUUUUGGUUUUUUUUUAACUUUUAGUGCUAGCAGGUGAAGAAUAGGUGGAAUUGUGAGCUUAGCCUAGCCUACGCUGCAUUCAAGUUCCAUGGGAAUUACAGAUUGUACAGCUUGUUAAACUCACUUCAAACUGAUGAUUAGGAAUUUAAUCAGAAACAGUAAACUUGUAUUUACAUCUUCUCCCAUGUGAUUUGAAUGCACCAUCGCUGAGUGCUACAAACCAAAGAAAGCGGCUGUGCGGCACUUGCUAGUCAGGGUAAAAGCAUCAGUGCAGGAACAAUAAGUGCCAACGGGGCAUUUGCAAAAACAGCAAAACAAAAAUGGAGAAGUUGAGGGCGAGAACGGCGAGUCUAAAUGGGCCCCUGAGGAAGAAGAGGUGCAGAGAGGAAGUGGAGUAGGUGCUGCGCUUGUCUUACCUGUCAGAUGUUUGUUUUUAAGAGCUGUGUUUGUAUAUUUGAAGUGUUAAGUCUGAUUUUUAAACACGUGAAAUGUCCUGACAGUCAGUUCACCGUCUCUGGCAAUCGUGGGAAAUGCAAGUGAUACGUAACACAUGAUGAUGUCCCAAGGUGGGAGUUGAUGUUGGAGCUCAGAGACAUAAUCAUGAAGGGAUGGAUUGGUUUAUGUAGGGCUAGAUAAACAAGGAAUUCUGGGAGAUGUAUUGAGAAGGAGAAGGUUUUGAGGGAGAGAAGAAGAAGCUGAUAUACAGUAAGCUUUUUGUUUUUGAAGAAGUAACAGACACUACAGCAUGUCAGGUGUGAUACAAGAUUCCUGCUGUAAGGAUGUGACACUUUUUACUUUAUGUCCAAUUCAAGAAGGAUGGGAAAAUUCACUGCUGCCUUCCUGGCACGUAGGGAUCCUGGAAAUUGUGGCCUCCACCUGUUUCAGGUUGCUUUUAAUUUCUUCUCUUUUUCAAACAUGACAUUUACACACACGUAUUUUUGCUGGUGUUGUGUUCACUUCACAUCUUUAAGAUAGGAAACAAAUUUCCAGCUUCCUGCGUCACAGCGAACGCAGCGUUUUAUGUGCGUUUUAUUCGCACUGAAUUAAUGAAGACAAGUUUACUGCCAGGAGGGGCUGGGAGAGUUGGCGAUACUGCCCACACUCCACCCGCUCAAAGCAGAGGAUUCUGGGAGUUAACAAGUGGAGCAACUAUGAGCUCUGUGGCUUUUAAGGCGUUUUUCAUAAAAAGGUUAGAACCAACCAAUGGCAGCGCUCCUUCCUGCUGCAGGAGGGAGUCAGUGCCAUGAUGAUGAUGACGAUAAUUAUUAUGAAAAUCAAAGAAGUGAUUGCAAUUGGCCUGAGAAGCAUGAUGUCAGCAGAAUCUCUAGAAUUGACCAAUCACAGGACAAUCUCUAAACCUGCUUCCACUUCCGGGCCUGAUGGGAAAAUCUGUUUUUUGUUUUUUAAUUAUUAUUAUUAUUUUUAUUUUAUUUUUUUUAGAUUUUUUUCCAGCUUGGGCCUCUGAUUGGCUGUUUGUUUUUCAUUUGUGUAUCACAUCAUGUACUGCGUAUUUUAACCAACCUCCAUGUUUGACCUUUGGUUUAUGAUGUCAUCAGUCACCAUCACUUAUUAAUAUAAUUAUCCUAAAGUUAUACGUGUCAGUAAUAUUUGGUUAUUGUGGAUGCUGCUAAAGGGAGUUUCUUUGCCCUCACGCAAACCGUUGAGUUAGUGUAUGUGUUUGUGUAUGUUGAGUGUGUGUGUGUUGGGCGUCUGUUUGUGUGUUUGUGGGUUAAUUUAGAAUCAAACAGUAAAGUUUGUUUUACUUCAUAAAGCUGAUUUUAGUCAUUAUUCUUUUUCUUUGGUUAGUUUUGUUGUUUUUUGAGGUGGAAUGAGGGAGGGAAUUGGAGGGGGUGGGGUGUUGCCAUGGCCGCCGUGACUCGGCAGAAUUCCAGAACAUUCUAGAACCCUCACUGACAGGCUGUGCCCAUUCCCUGCACCUCUGCUCUAAUCAUGACCUCAGAAUCUGUGACAUUACGGCGCGGUGUCGCUUCAGAACUCGAAACACGGAUAUGGACAUGAUGACAUCAUGGUGUAGCCCUCUUCCUGUUGGCCCAGACCCCCUCAGUUGUUUUUUUGUUGCUGUUGUUUUUUUUCUCUGUAUGUGUUGGGUUGUGUUUUGUUGUUGUUUUGUUUGUAUCAGGAACCAAUCUCAGGCUCUACCUGCAGACAACAUGAUGGCAAUAAACUGUCUCCAAG